AUCACCAGACGUCCUUCUUUCCUCUCGUGUCGGCCUCGAGGAAGGUGUAACAUCGUUGUGGUCGUCUCAUCUGAGUUCAUCCACCACCUAUCCUCUGGCAUUUAUCCGCGAGUGUGCUUAUAACCCGCCAUAAUGCCUGCCAAGUUCGAUCCUACAGAGAUCAAGACCGUAUGUCUGCGGUGUGUUGGAGGAGAAAUGGCUGCCACCUCUUCUCUUGCCCCCAAAAUUGGUCCCCUGGGUCUGUCCCCAAAGAAGGUUGGUGACGACAUCAUGAAGGCCACAGGAGACUGGAAGGGACUGAAGGUAACAGUGAAGCUCAUCAUCCAGAACCGUCAGGCUCGUGUUGAGGUGGUCCCAUCUGCUGCCUCUCUGGUGAUCAAGGCCCUCAAGGAACCUCCACGUGACCGCAAGAAGGUCAAGCAUAUUAAGCACACUGGUAACCUGACCCUCGACCAGAUGCUUGAAAUUGCCCGAACAAUGAGGCCCCGAUCCCAGGCCAAGGCUCUGAGUGGUACCCUCAAGGAGGUCUUGGGAACAGCACAGAGCAUCGGUUGCACCGUUGAGGGCCAGAACCCCCACGACAUUAUUGAAGGCAUUGAUGAGGGCAGCGUCGAAGUCCCAGAAGAGUAGAGAGAUCCCUGAACUCCCCACCACCACGCUAUUACUCAGGAGAACAUGGCCAAUAUUGUUAGUACGAGAACACGAUAAAGUACAUUCCCGAUAACAUUCCAAGUAUUGUACAAGGACCAACCACUUUACAUGUUACUGACUGUAUUUCCUGCAUGUAAUAAAGUGUGGUGGUGUGAA